AUGCGAGGCCCCUCUUCGGAGCUCUGUCACCCCCCUCCCAUUCCAGGGCUGAAACGCGCGCUUCGACGAGCUCGUUCGCUGCGGGACCGUGAAGUACCACGGGUACACCACGACGGAGUCGAUCCCGCUGUGGACAUCUUGAACGGGGUGCGCGAGGGCACGUGCUCCGACGGCAGCUCCAGUCUGGAGGGGAUACAGCAGAGGUUCUGCGCCGAGCUGGUCGAGACGGCAUACCCGCGGGGCUGCCACGGCUUCCAAAACGCGUUCCGCCUCGGCUUCGCGCUCGCCGUCCCCCUGGUAUUCAACGCCGUCGGCCUGCAUUUCUACCGCAACCUGGCGUUGAUCACGCUCGUGGUCUCCACCCUGCAUCUGGACACCGCCGUGAGCAUGUACGGCCUGUUCGGGAUCGGGUGUCUUGACGAUAUGAAGGCCGGAGGCGCCAGCGCCACGGUCACCAGGUUGGUCUGUGCGGUCAACGAGGGCAUCGGGGACUCCUCUGGCUUCUUGGCGCGCAUCUGCAUCCUCUUCUUGCAGCUGUUCAUCACUGUGCCGACACGGUGCACAUGUUCUGCUCGGCAAUCAUACACCUUCCUGGAUUGCGAGUACCUUGUCCCGAAGUUGCUGGAUUCGGCUGGGUGUUCUGGGUCCAGGAAGCGCCGUACGUGCUCUGCUUGGUCUUCGUUCGCCUUCUUGGACUUUGGGUACCUUAUCCUGAAGUUGCUGGUCGGCUGGGUGUUCUGGGUCCUUGAGGUGCACGGCAUGGUCUUCGGCCUUUGCUUCGGCCAUCUCCUUCGCGAAGCUACUCUACUUGUCUUCCUGGAUUUCGGGUACCUUGUCCUGAACCUGCUGGGCCCG